AUGAGCAGCUCUCCUAUCUUUGAUGAAGAUAUAAUAUAUUUUCGCGGCUCAAUCGCGCAGGUAUACCUGAACUUUUCAGGUAAUGCCUUCGGCGCUCCCGUGUCACUGGAAUCCUUAGUUCCUGCCUUUGACAGACUCACCACUAUCACAGCCGUCGACAUGCUUGGCGCUGCAACGACGUGUCUGGUAUGGUCAUCUUCCCUCCCAACUGAUGCAGGCCCUCAGGCCUUCAAAUAUGUCGAUCUUACUCCCAGAAUGAAGCCUUAUCUCCUGACCAAGAUGGUGAACAACAUGGGACGAGAGACUCAGCUGCUAUAUGCCCCUUCCACGAUGUACUACCUUCAGGACGAACAGGCCGGAAUCCUGUGGGCCACUCGCUUGCCAUUUCCUCAGCAAUGCAUUGACCGCACAAUCGCUGUAGAUCUCAUCACUAAUCGUGUAUAUACGAAACGCUUCCGUUACCACCACGGAUACUACUACGGCAUUGAGCAAGAAUUUUGGGGUUACGGCAUGGUAGAACAAUGGGACACUGAUAAGUUUAACGUAUUGGCUGGGACGGCGAGAUUUUCAAACACUGAAACGCUGAUGGACACGCCGCCGCUGCACACAAAAAGCUGGUUCCACACAGGUGCCUACACAGACUACGAAGGGUUAGCUCGUCUUUAUGCGCGAAGUGAGUACUUCGGCUCCAAUGGUCUCGACGAAUCCCAAUUUGAAGUAUUCUUUGCGAGCCUGUUGCACGAUGUAAUCCUACCAGAUGUCCACGACCUUACACCUGAUGAACUUCGACUGGCAUCACGAGCACUUUAA